CAGAAUGAUAGGUUCUUGUUGAAUACGGACUGAAAACUCUGAACCUUUAUAGGAAGAACAAGCGGUUAUGCGCCGCUCUGAUCAUCUCGUGUAUUGGAUACAAUAAUGCGUGGAUAUACAGAUCUAGCCGUGAAGCGAUAAUGACUACACCUGUGAUUCACCACAUGAAGUGUGAGAGCAUGCCAUGAAACAGUACACGGAGUGCUGGUGACAUGAGGCUCGCCUUCGGAUUAACGCUGCUGUGUUGUGGGGCAGUGAUACACGAAGCAUUCGCCGACCCGAGGAAAUCUCCUUCGAGAAAAGAUGAGUUGGAGGAGGACCUGGACGAGGAGCAAGACGGAGAUGGGGAUCGAGAUGCCAGUGCGGCACUUGGCGGUCCCCUUGGACCGUCUGGGGUCGAUACUGGUGGAACGAGCAUGAAUCAGUUACUCACCCACGAAGUCAUCAAGGGCCCCGUGCUGGUUGAAGAGCCGCAAGACGUAGCCGUGUCCAAAGGUCGCCCUGGUCGUCUGCAAUGUCAGGCGUCGCACGCAUUGUCUGUGCACUUUCGCUGCAAUGGGCAUAGCCUCACCUCAAAGACAGUAGAUUUUGUUGAUCCUAUGACAGGCGUUCGUAACAUUGAGGCAGUGGCAGAAGUACAUCCCCAUCGAUUGCUCAAGGAAGCGGGUCACGUCAUGCAGUGCGUUUGUCAUGCCUGGAGCAGCAUCGGUAAAGUGCAGAGUCGGGUCGCCACUGUUGCGCUAACACCGUCUAGCCACUCUUCUGGUUCAUCUCAGCCGCACAGGCGUUUGGUACCGUUAGGUGACAAAGUUGUUCUCGAGUGCUUGUCUUCAUCUGCUGAAGCUCCGGAAGGCCGGGGCCUUUUCUGGCUUCACAAUGGCAAAGAGAUUAUGCUCGAUGACAACGUCGAUCUUGAUCAAGACUCAGGCAGUCUUGUAAUACUUCGCGCUACCCUAGCGAAUGAAGGCAACUACACCUGUGGAGUAAAGACGCCGAAAGGCGAAAGUCGACUUGGCGAAACCGCCUCCAUUUCCGUUUUAGCAAAUGGCGGAUGGAGCCCGUGGGGCCAAUGGAGUGAGUGUUCAUCGCGUUGCGGCCGGGGUCUGCGGACACGCACGCGAUCCUGUACGAACCCGCCACCGCGCAACGGUGGCCACGAUUGUCUUGGGGACUAUUCCGAGAAGAAUGACUGUCACGCUGGUGGGCCCCAUUGUGGCGGAGGACCACAUCCAUCAUCUAGCCAUGCCUUGGGAUCGGGAGGUAGUGUCGUCGGCGGCGGCGGCGGCAGCAGUGGAGGAUCAGGACAAGGAGGAGGGCCUGUUGAUGGACGGUGGGGUCCUUGGUCGGCCUGGAGUAGCUGUGGAACCGAUUGCAGACAACACAGGCAACGCCGGUGCAUAAAUCCUAUAUCUUCUCGGGGCAGUCGACCUUGUUCCGGCAAAGAGCAGAUGGCAGCCAAUUGUACAGGAGGCCUUUGCCCCCUUGUGGCCCAUUCUCCGACGCUACCCCUGCAUCCACACGGCCACAACGUUAAUAAUCACGUCAGCGGAGGUGGCCAACUUGAUAAUACUAUAGGAAACAGCCCAAGCAACGGCAACCAUAAUAACAAUCACUACUACGCUGAUCAACAUCCGAUGCCCGCACACGACCAAGGAUUCAUUGCGGCAAAUCUUGGCGGUAUCCAGGCAGUUGCACUUGUCAUAGGCAUGGCGCUCGCAGCAAUUAUUCUCGGCUUUACCUUCUUGAUUGCCCUCCGGUUUUGGCCUGCUAGAGAUCCCAGCAAACGGCAUCAACCUCUCUACAGUACUGUCCCAGUCACAGGCGUAAUUCCGAUACCACCAGACCUGACGCAGAGUUUAAAUCGGGCACCAGGCCUUCAGGAAUUCCUGAGUGAUCAAAAACUUGAGCCCGGCAUUAGCAUGCCCCUCCUACAGCAGCUCUACGCGCCUAACCUCGCAAUUGCUCCGGGUAGUCCUUUACAGUAUCGCAAUAACACUAUUCAACAACAACAGCAUCAGCAACAGCAACAGCAGCAGCAGAGGUCCCGCACGCCGAGUUCUACAAGCAAACCAAGAAGCGAUUCACCAGCGAGCGGACGACAUUCAGAGAAUGGCGCCUCUGAGUAUGACAUCUAUGACACUAUCUCCGUGACGGCCAGAGCGUCCGUGGCCUCGGGUACGCUGAUGCCACCGCUGGGCGUCGACAGUGACUUCAUUUCGUGGGCUGCGAUAGGACCAGCCGGUGGGCGUAUAAACCUGCCGCACCUGGGCGUCUCGAUGACGGUUCCCCCGGGCGCUAUCAAAAAAGGAAAGUACGACAUGUUCGUCGCGGUACUUAAGGAAGACCGCGAUCGACCGGGAUUUUCGGAGGAGCAGACCAUUCUUAGUCCUAUCGUACAAUGCGGUCCCAGCGAGGUGCCACUGGCCAGGCCCGUUAUUCUAACCUUCGAGCAUUGCGCUCAGACUCCAGCCGAAAAAUGGUCAAUAUCAGUUCUGUCUGCCGAGCCAACAAAUGCAGGGGGAGCUGGCCAGACAGGCAGUACCGAGGAGGAGUAUCUUUGUUGGAAACGAGUAGUUUCACUAGGUCAAGAGAAUCUGAAUACACCGCUCUAUUGCCAGAUGGACAGUAGGUUGUGCCAUCUGCAGACUGAUAGGCUCACCCGUUACGUUCUGUGCGGUGAAUCGCAGGUUAACUGUUUUGCAACAAAGUCCCUCGUACUGCUCGCUUUCCUUUCGCGACAUUCGUUGAGCCUUUCGCAGAGCGAGUUCUCAAUCCGUAUCUAUUGCGUCGACGAGACCAAGGCAGCGUUGCAGGCAGUCAUGGCUGCAGAUGACGGGACCAUACUCGAAUCGCCUAAAAGCAUCUAUCUACACGAUGGAGGAGCCAAUCUGUGUCUUACUUUAGAGGAUCUGGCAAAAGGCUGGGCCUAUAAGUCUGGAGCUAACUAUCAGGAGAUACCGUUUAGCCACUUGUGGUCCUCGCGGCAAUCGCUUUUACAUUGUUCAUUCACGGUGACAUCAGCCAAUUGCCGGGAUCCAAAACAUCCACUUGAGUGUAAAGUGACCAUAUAUCAACGGGGCAAUCAAUCGCAUCGGCAGGUACUACAAUUAGAACAUCACUUUAAUCAGGAGUGCAACUCAACGCCAGUCUCGCCUAUCUACCGCAAUCUCAGCGAGAUGAGCACUGGUAUUGCAGGUAUUGGCAGUAACGUAAUGAUGACUAAAAGUCUUGAUUUACGUGGAGGUGGAACUGUGAGCGUUUCAGUGGUGCCCGUCGAAGGAUUCCGUGUAUCUGCUGAGGCGCGCUCCAAGUUGAGUACACUACUUGAUCCUCCCCACCACUCAGGAGCCGACUGGCGUAUGCUUGCUACGGAACUUGGCAUGGACAGGUACACAAACUACUUCGCGACAAAGCCAAGUCCUACGACGUUCCUGCUAGAUUUGUGGGAGGCACGGCACCGGGAGCCUACAGCGCAAGCGAACCUCAUUAACGUUCUCAGGACUUUAGGGCGACAAGAUGUCGCCCAGGCCUGCGAGUUGCUCUUUGGUUCGUGGGUGUAACUAAAAAAUAGUGAAUAGUUAGCGAAUAGAGCGACAGAGAGUAUGCGGGAGAACUCGUAGAAAACAAAAAGCUAUACAUGCAUAUAUACAAAUAUAUAAAAGAGGUUAUUGAUCUAUUUAGCUAUCCGAAUGAUUGAACAAAUGGCUAGCAAAUGUGAAUGAUGACAAAAAGCCGGUUUACUAAACAAAACACCUUCCGAGGAGGCGCAGGCCGCCAUUAUUCGCAGUCACCAGUCAUCAUCAACGCUAAUAGUAUGUGGAAGUGUCGUCUGCUAGUGAUACAUGACUGGGAGUGCUGUCAGAAGUCGACGCGUUCUAAUACUGAUGUAUGGUAAUAACAACAAUAGAAAAAAGAAAAGCAAAGAAAGUCGGCCGCUAAACCACAACCGGCAUUUGUUAAGCAGCAGCAGCAGCACAUGCUGUGAGCAGUGAACUAACACAAAAUUGCCAUGCAUUUACCAUAAUCCACUGCCUUCCUAAAACCUUAAUGUUUCGAAGUUUACGUCAGGUACCACCGUCAGGCACUCCAUCAGACGACUAGCUCCUAGCACGAAACGAAGCCUAUGCCCGGGUUCAAUCCUAGACCACGCCACCUCCAGAUAACCUAUCCAAACGUUCACCCGCCUAUCCCACAAAGUGAUGAUUACAAUUUAUCAAUAUAUAAAGAUAAUGAUGACAGUAAUAAUUAUUAUGCGAUGUAUGGACACGAUGAUAAUGAUACUAUCAAGACUUGCGUGGCAAUUUAUUUAAUGAGUGAGUAAGUUUGGAUCGGCUUCUUUAAACCACGCAUAUAAACGAGACAACAUCAACUACAAAUAUGUAGUACUAGAGAAGAAGCCGCUCCAUACGUUUGUUGUACGGAUGUCUGAAACCAGAAAACAAUCACUGAAGAACGUUACCUCGGGCGCGAGGUCGCAACAGCGAGGAUUAUAACAAUGAUUAUUAUUAUUAUUCGGUAGAUUAUGUAAUAAUUGCGCAUUUCAUGUAUAUACUGUUUUGGCUACUGUAUAUAACUUAGAGUAAAACGAGGAAGGAAUAAAGAUGAGCUGCAGGAAAGAUGAACAUGAAUUGUAGAGUUAUUAGAUCAGCGGACAUAGAACAAGUGUAAAUAUUAGAAGCUGUGCUACUUAUGCUAGGAGACAAGAGAACGGAUACAGACACAUUACCUCUGCUACCCAUUUACUUGGGAAUGAUGGAAGAUGGUGCAAAUAGACAGACCUAAGGUGAAGACAAUUUGCAGGCAUCGCUAAUAUGUGGUACAUACGCGCGCGUUAGCUUUCAUUUCCUUUGAAACUUGGUGCAACAUGGGACGCCGCAACUAUCCGAUGAUGUCGUGAAAGGCUGAUUGUUCCGACGAGAGUUUGAGGACUACUCAACGUAUUUCACUCAACAAAGCCAUUUCUCGCCUCAUUAACCCUCAAUUCGUGUCGUCCCCCAAUAUACACAGAAAAAAAUUCCUAAGUCACACCUCUUUGUAUAGCGACAACAAGAUCCGGCGUGAGAAUGCUGCUAUUCAGUUUACACUGUGAGGACAUAGAACGCAGGUUGCGCUUUAAAGAUUUCGAAGACGAUCCCAUAUUGUGGUCGUGUUUCACACAGCAAACUGAUAUAAAGAAUGAGUCCUCAUCCAUCGCUAGGACAAUACUUCGGCUAUACAAUAUAAACGAAACGAGAGUAAGCUGAAAGAAGACUAGGGAAAAGAAACAGAACGAAAAGAGAAAAACAACGGAUAUCAUAUCUGGAGUUCAAACCUCUGAUGGGUGCAAUUCUUUCUGGGUUGGAGUAAAGCGCUUCUUUUUGUUCCGGGCGUCGUGUCAUCAUUUUCUUGCAAGAUUGAAGUAGCGAUGUGACAAGAGGCGGCAUUCCCGCCAUGGCAUCUUCCCGCAGUAGUAGCAUGUUUCUAUCAUUAUUGUGAGUCUCUGGGCUGCUUCUUCCAACGCUUGGAUGUAUUGAUGACAGCCCUGCAGAGAGAAACAAAGUUGAGAAGGCCGGGCAAGCCCCGCAACAACAUAUAGAUGGAUUGCGGUAGCGGUACGACGUACUGCGGGCAUAACAGGACGCAUGGUGUCCCUUCCGUCGCAUCACACGAAAACAUACAAUGCUUGCAUGCCUGCAAGCUGUGUGCUAUAUACGUGUAUAUUUGGGUCCUUUGGUUGCUCGAUGCAAUCUGGUCUGUGGCAAUUGUGGAGAUCGUUUACUUAGUCGUAAUGGCUCACGCAGCACUGAAAUAAGAGCUUCGUUUUGUUAGGUGCGGUGCCAUUGCGGUCGCGUGAAUUGCUUGAUGAUACACAUAUGUAUCUCUAAACGAGUAUAUAGGGGAAGUAGGGUUAUUCUACUAUGAAGUGGGUACUUAAGAAAUGAAAACCAAGACUGGGAACGUAGAGAAUUGGCAAUGAAUGAAGAACUACGCCAAAUGCCACUGAAGAGCGUGAACACGGUGGUAUGCGAGAACGAAAUGUGCGUGCGUGCCUGUCGACCUGCAUCGAGUGUGUUAUAUAACAAUGCCGCGACGUGACCGUGUGCCACCAUUGGAGCAAGAGGCUUUUCCAUGCUCGGUGAGGGGGGGGGGGGGGUGCAAGAAGUUAGGAGAGGAAAGCCAGGCGAGUUUCUGUGUGCAAUAGGCUCGAGGUAACAUUUGCCGUUGUAAGACAUUAACAUUGUGCAACGCAUGUACAUGGACGGGAGUGGACACAUCAGUUGUGGGACGGAUAGAUGGCGGGAGAAUGGUUAAGGGUGGGUGGGGGAGAUCGGAUUUUUGUAAAUAUUCGACGAGCUGAGGCUCUCUUCGUCGUCAUCGUUCUUCCUGAACAUUCCCAGGACAGGUAUAGAAAGGCAGAGCGGACAGGUAGUUGCUGGUGGACGACAGGCCGUGCGGCAUCAGGCCAGCAAGCCGUCGGAAUGACACUACCUAAAGUAAGCCUCUUAGCGAGCUUUGGUAAGCUCUUGAUGGAUCCCAAAAUCACCAAAAGGGCCUCAACAAAGCUAGCAGCUAGAUGAAUCUCUGACUAUGGGUCGCCACUGAUGAGGCAGGCCUAGAGCCUUCGAAGGGGGGUUGUCUGUCGCAGCCGAGGGACGUCAACGAUGGGGACUUUUCAGGGAUUCAGUACGCAUUUGUUUACAAACUGAGCCGUUCGGGGAUACACAAACCGUACGUAGAAACCCCAGAAACCGAGUGCCAGCUCAGUUUUCGGACCGGUGGAAGGUUAAACCAGAUUCAGUAGCUUUCCUCCGAGAUGCUCCAAUGCAGCCAGGAUCCCAUCGCCCUCACCUAGCGCCCACUGCACCCUGGUAUGUCUUGCCUCUGUGAAAAACUUCUACAGGACCUUCCAAUGCACGAACCUGCCCGUUAAAAAAUGACGUGAAGUAAUACAAUGCAUGUGGUACGAUAACGCUACUUUUGUAUUUACAUUGUCAUGCAGUCAAAUAUAUGGUAACAACAAAUACAGCGCAACAAGCAGAGUCAGGGAACGAAUAUCGGGAAAAUUAUAGUAGAUUUUAACACAAACUGACCAGGGGCCUGUUUCAGCAGUAGAUCAUUAUUAAACAUUGUGUAGUGUAACCCGAUAACAUGUCGACAAUAACUGCCCAUUAAAAAUCCUUCAAAACAGAUGAAACGAUUUUGUGAUUUUGUCUGAAUGAAUAAAGGUAAUCAUUUUGA